GGCCGGAAAGCAACGCCGGAAAUGAUGUCACAGGAAGUUGCUUUCUGUGUCUCAAAGCUGCGGCAAGGCCUGAGUGAAGGCCAGCUGGACGGCGCAGGGAGGGGCUGAGGGAGGCUCCGGAAAAGCGCGCCAUGAGCGGAGGGUCGGGGGAGCCUCCUGCCGAGGCCCCGCCCGCGACCGAAGGGGGCGUCCGAAUCGUGGUGGAAUACUGCAAGCCAUGUGGCUUUGAAUCUGCCUAUCUAGAACUGGCUAACGCAGUCAAAGAAGAAUAUCCAGAUGUGGAGAUUGAUUCCCGACUUGGAGGAACAGGUGCAUUUGAAAUAGAAAUAAAUGGACAGCUUGUCUUUUCCAAACUUGAGAAUGGAGGAUUCCCUUAUGAAAAAGAUCUCAUUGAAGCUAUCCGCAAGGCUAUUAAUGGGGAGCCACUUGAGAAGAUCACCAAGAGCCGACCUCCGUGCGUCAUCCUUUAGUUUCUGUCUCCACAUCUUUCAGUCCUCUACAUACCCGACACCUAUAAUCCUGGCCAUUCUUGCCUCUACCUCUUGACUGCAGAUCCAUAUGCCUUGCUAGGUUUGAUGAAGGGGGAAGGGAGUUGCUGAAGUGAAAUAAACAUGAUGUGGAGUUGCCUGCACAUAAUACCUUAUAAUAAAUACCUGAGCCACUUUGGGGAAGGGGGAGCAUGAGGAUCUAGAGUGCUUGCUAAACAAGCUAGCUCAAUCAGCCUUUUUUCAAAAGGAAAAUAGUUUCAAAACAUGCCACCUCUCAUUGCUAAAGACCAGAAUGGAUUUUGUUUUGAUUACUGUUUUUGCCUGCAUCCGUAUGCACAAGAGUGAAGUAGCCCCACCAAUCUGAUCAGAAUUAGAUCCUCUUUAUUUCUUCUGACUUCUAUGAUUCAUUCAGAGAUCAGCUGUUUCCUUCCUCCCUUGCGUUUCACAUUCCUCUAAUUAGGAGCCAGUAUAAGCUAGUGUCUCAUCUUGCCCCCUCUAUAAAACCGGAAGUGCUUGUGCAGCGCUAAGAAGUCUAUAUGGACUGAUGCCACAGAAGAAGCCCCCAGCUUAGUCAUGAUCAUCGGUGUCCUUUUAGUUAGCGUUCCCACUUUUUUGCCCUUCAUGUGGGGUGUGAUAAAAGUUUAACAUAG